AUGAAAGUUAACACACUCUUCGCGGCUCUUGGCGCUGCUCACGCGCUCGCCGCCUCAGGACCCCAGCCUCCGCCGUCAGUGGCCACCAGCCGGCAGCCGUCAAAGACGAUUCUGCCCGCGCUGUCAGAGAUCCUCGCCGUGCAGGCCACGGCGCGGCCGGCUUCGCCUACCUCGGAUGUCAAGGGCGUGGCCUUUGACCGCAUCGUCCAGAUAUGGCUCGAGAAUAUUGACUUUGAGGACGCCGAAAAUGACCCAAACAUGAGCUGGAUAGGCGACCACGGCCUACUUCUCAGCAACUACUUUGCCGUGACGCACCCGUCGCAGCCCAACUACGCGGCGGCCGUGGGCGGGGACCACUUCGGCAUGGACCACGACGAGUUCAUCAGUAUCCCCGCGAACGUGUCGACGGUGGUCGACCUGCUGGACACGCGCGGCAUCUCGUGGGGCGAGUACAUGGAGGACCUGCCGUACGCGGGCUACGACGGCAUGAACUUCUCCAACCAGGCCACGCUCGAGGACGACUACGUCCGCAAGCAUAAUCCGUUGAUGUUGUACGAUAGCGUCGCGCACAACGUCACGCGCACGCGCCAGAUCAAGAACUUCACCGGCUUCGCCGACGACCUUGACGCCCGCACGAUCCCCCAGUGGAGCUUUGUCACCCCUAACAUGACCAACGAUGCCCACGACACCAACAUCACCUUUGCGGCGAGCUGGACGCGCGGCUUCCUGGAGCCUCUGCUGGAGAACCCGUAUUUCAUGGAAAACACCUUGAUCAUCGUUUCGUUCGACGAGAACUGGCUCUGGCCGAAGCCAAACAGAGUCUUCACGGUGCUGCUAGGCGGGGCCAUCGAUACAUCACUUCACGGCGCCGUCGACGACAUGUUCUACAGCCACUACUCGACCAUCUCGACCGUGUCGGUCAACUGGGACCUGCCGUCGCUCGGGCGGUGGGACUGCGGCGCCAACGUGCUCGGGCCCGUGGCGGCGAAAGCCGGGUACCGCAACACAAACAUAUCGCUCGACAGGCUCCACUUCAACGCGUCGUACCCGGGCCCCGUCGCCGACUUCCAGCACACGCCUGGCUGGUGGCCCGCGCCCAAUACGCGCGCCCGCUGCGCCUCUGGCCGCGGCGUCCUGCCCGCUGUUGCUGCCGUCUGGGGUGCCGACCAGCCCGGGUCGUAUGAUUACACGAACGUCUAUCCGUACAACGGGCACGCCGGUGUUGACGUCGGUGGUACGCCUGUCGCGGGAAGCGCGGAUGCGGCUUCUGAUGGCGGCGGUCCUGAAAUGAGCGAGAGCUCCCGUUGCCAUCCUGCUCCCGUUAGCGCUGCAGGUGCUGCAAGGCAAGAUACGGCGAUUUUGGCUGCGCUGUUGGGUGUGGUUAUGGUUGUAGUUGCGCUUCUGUUGUAGGUGAGCAUUGUUUGGAGCGCGGGCAGUGUUUACUUGCGAAUGUUUCUUCAGGGGAGAUGGAAUAGAAACUAGACAAGGUCAUGACAUCCUUUUUUCGUUUCUUUGGGGUCGGAGGGGCAAAGUUGGGAGCUGGCAACUUUCGCCAUACGCUACUACCUUCUAAUGCAUCUGUCAGG